CAAGACAGCACCUCAAGUUCACUAGAAGCACUAAUCCAAAGUAGAUAUCCUGAUAACUUCGCUAAAGCUCCUAUCAAAACUGCAUCACCACCGAAAGACAAACACUCACCGGAAUACAAAGAGCCACCUAAAGAUCUAGAAGUCGAAGGUGGUAAGUCAAGUAUGCGCUUGUUGAAGGCACUGAAAAAUGGCAACGUUUUUAGACCUGGAACGCGACCAACAACUUCACAUAGACAAGUGCCCGAAGCAGUCGUUAGUGACAAAAACGGUACAUCUGAAGAAGACACACUUCCAGCCACUCUGCUCACUCCAACACCUUCUGCGAGGGGCGAAAGAGAUGCCAAGCUGGCGGACAUGCUUGGUGUUACUGUCGACAAAGCGAAACCUGCAACACUGCCAACAACAAUGGGUCGAUCGGGUAUGCCGCAGAGUGAUGAGCAGAUUGUGGAGGAAAUUUCACGGCAAGGCGUUGUGCUGCCAAUUUCUCCGCACGAUAUACCCGCUCUAUCGUUUGAGGAUCGGGUAAUGGAUCGACCAGGAACUGUCGCGGUUGUUGAAACUCGAGCUUCGAAACAGGCUCUUGCCCAACGGCCACGUCCACGACCUAGCGUUCCAAAUGUGCGUGUAACUACCGAAUCCAGACACGUUAAACGUCCUUCACCAAAACGUGAAAGCCCCUCUAAGGCCACAUCAUCAACUGCCACGUCCAUGUUUGUGCCGAAAAAAGCUCGCGAGCAGCAGAAAGGUAAAGUUGCCGUCAAAAAACCUGAACCACCUCAGCGAACAGCGAAGGCAUCUUCUGGAAGUCGACAGCUACUGAAACCGCCUGACCAUGGAAAGCAUAGCUCAACUGAUGAGAGUGAUCCAGAGGUCUCCACCUUCAAGCGCCUCGCACAGUCUGGGAGCCAUCCAUCUACGUUAGCUAGGAGGAGAGAGAGGCGACCUGAGCGUCAACUGUCGAGCAUUUCCGAGAAGAGCGCUGAGAUAGCAGCCGAAGCUGCGCUCCAAAAUCAGCCACAAGACUACUCCAUUUCAGCACCAAACACGACACGAUCGCUUUCUGAAUGGCAUCACUAUGUGCACAAGAAAACCUCAGGAGAAGAUGCGUCUGAGUCUCAAACGGAUGUUGAUAUACCGAGUGGUAAGAAGUUCCGUUCGACGGCCUCGAAAUCGCGAGCUGCAAUCGAGCGUCUUAAGAAGAAGAGAACUGAACCGUUUGCGCUGUGGAAACCGCGCCAGAAAGCUGAUGUAUCCACACCUCCUCGGAGACGAAGGCUUUGUGAACCCUCGUCAUCUGACACUUCUUCAAAAGCAUCGUCAACAAAACGGAAGCCAGUUCGUAGUCGCUCUCCCCUUGUGAGAUCACCAGACAUUCCAGAUGUCACCCUUCGCCGUUCUAUGGAUCGUCUGGACCAGAUUGAAAGAUCAUCCCCACAAGGUGCUCUGACGUCACGCUCACAUAUUAGGCGUCGAGCAAGCUCUAAGAAACCAUACGAGGGCAGUGGUAAGGAUUACGCUGUUCGUCCGAUUUCAUCAAAGGAUGAAUCGUUCUUCUCGAGGUCGAAAUGGGAAAAGUCAGCGGAUGCGGACAGUGUCAGGAAACCAGCCAGAAAGAUAUCUAUCGACGCAGACAUGCCGACUUCGUCGAGAAAUUCGCAUCAUCAUGCACUCAUCAGUCGAAAGAUCGCAAUACGACGUCAUGAAAUGUACAUCACGAAAUCAACUAGUGAUCUAACAGACGAACCGCAUAGCUCACGUCAUUUUAGCCGAACUCGUCAAACAUCUCAUUCCGCAGACAACCUCUAUCGACAUUCCCCAUGGGAUUCUUCGUCGCAUCGCCAAGACGACCACUUACACACAGAACCUUUUCUACCGGGAAUCAGAUCCACGACAAGGCCUCAUAGAAAGAGCCAUUCCGUGCUGAAUUCGCCACGGGGUUCUUUCCAUAGAACGAUGAGUAAGUUUUCGUUGAUGAGUCUACCGAUCAGGUCGAGUUCUACGCUUGAGUUAUCGCCUUAUUUCACGCCGGGAGAAAAUAGCAACAAACCACCUAAAGAGAAUCUAUGGUGGACACCGGGGUCGCCGUCUUUCAGG